UCCGGUUUGUCAGUGCUAGUGUUAAGGCUGAAGUAAUCAAUGAAGUAAAUGGUUUGGAGAAUAUUAGAAGUACCCCCGACACUGUAACCCUGUCAUGAAUGUGUUUUAAAUUUUGCUUUUUUAAAAAAAUAAGUGUCUCGCGGUAACGUUAUGUCAGGAAGAAAACGAAAGCUACUAGCACUGACAGUAGCAGCGGCAGCACCUGAAACAGCAGCAAAUAAACACAACAAGCGGACUGAUUUAAAACUGAAGGGUCCACCUGCUAAGCUGAAACAGGGGCCCACUCAGAGUGAAAAUGGUCCGAGUGGUGGGACGGAGCGAAGCCAUUAUUUCACCAAGAAUGAGCGGCUGGGAGAGGAUUUUUUCAACCGGUCUUGUCUCAGUUUGGCUAAAGCCCUGCUAGGCAAGGUGUUGAUCCGCAGGUGUGCAGAUGGUACUGAGCUGCGAGGGAGAAUAGUGGAAACUGAGGCCUACCCCGGAGGGGAGGACAAAGCCUCACACUCAGCAGGAGGCAAACGCACUGAGAGGAACACAGCCAUGUUCAUGAAACCUGGCACAAUCUAUGUGUAUCCAAUCUACGGCAUCUACCUCUGCAUGAACGUGUCUAGUGAAGGGGAGGGUGCCGCCGUGCUGCUGCGCUCCCUUGAGCCCCUGCACGGUCAGCCCGUCAUGAGGCAGCUGAGGGCAGCCAGACGUAAAGAGGGAUCCCGUCAACUGAAGGACAAAGAGCUCUGCAAUGGGCCUUCGAAGCUGUGCCAG